CCAUGUGGAGAACUUUGUUGUGGCCCAUUGUGGAGGCUGUCAUUGCGCAGAGGAGGGGCCGGGCCGGGCCGAGGGGUGGCCGCUAUAAAACUCCUCUCCACUCGCCGAGGAGACCAGAGGAGUUCGCAGCCAAGUCACCCGAGUGAUUCUCUCGCCAAGACGACUGGAGGAGGAGUAUUCGGUUUUUUUUUUGAAAAGGUUUCACCGACGCGCGCACACUUCUCUCCUCCUGGGACCAUGAUGAUCCCGAGCGUCCUCGCGCCUCCCGCCUUCUACCCGGGCCUGUACCGACCCGCCGCGGCGCUGCCGCUGCACCACCAGACCGUGCCGUCCGCCUUCCCGACGCACUCCAGCUUCCUCGUGGAGGACCUGCUGCGCAUCAGCCGCCCCGCCGCCUUCCUGAGCCGGACGGUGGCCCCGGCGAGCGCCUCGCUGCCCACCGCCACCACCACCGUGUCCUUCAGCUGCGCGUCCGCGGCGGCGGCGGCGGUGACGCGCGACUCGUGCUCGCCAAUGAAAACGUCGCUGCCGAGCAGCAAGGACCCCACUUUCCUCAAGUUCGGCGUGAGCGCCAUCCUCGCCCCUUCGCCAAAGACCGCCUCCUCUCCCCCUACAGUCCACAGCCUGCACUCCAAGAGCUUCCCCUUCCCCUGCUUCGACGGGACCUUCCACCCCAUCUUCAGGACGCCUUAUCUACCAGCCUCUUCAUCCGUUGUUCCCAUCCCCGGCACCUUUUCGUGGCCGCUGGCCGCCAGAGGGAAGCCCCGCAGAGGGAUGCUGAGGAGGGCGGUGUUCUCCGACGUGCAGCGCAAGGCCCUGGAGAAGAUGUUCCAGAAACAGAAGUACAUCAGCAAGCCCGACCGGAAGAAGCUGGCCUCCAAACUGGGCCUGAAAGACUCACAGGUGAAGAUCUGGUUCCAGAACCGGCGGAUGAAGUGGAGGAACUCCAAGGAGCGAGAGCUGCUGUCGUCCGGCGGCUGCCGCGAGCAGACGCUGCCCACCAAAGCGAACCCCCACCCGGACCUGAGCGACGUGGGCAAGAAGUCCUCCGCCGAGGAAGAGGAGGAGGAGGAGGAGGAGCAGUACGCGAGGGAGAGAGCGAGGUCGGCGGCGUCCAGCAUCUCCUCCCCGUCCCUGUCCAGUAAGCACUCAGACUUCUCAGAGUCAGACGAAGAAGAAAUAACAGUAUCUUAAUUUAUUUUUUAAUAUUAUUUUAUUUUUCUUGUUUCAAAACAAAUAUAGAGAGAGAAUAUAACCCAUGUUUUUUUUUUUAUAUAUGAGACUGUGACCCCAUAAAUGUCAUUGUUCCAAACAAAACGUUUCACUUGAGCUUGUUGCUUCUCAGGAUCUUUGCUUCUGAGAUACGAUUUUUGCUGUUUUUGCACAGCUUUGUUCCAAUUGUACAGUAUUUUGUACAAGUUUGUAUGGACAUUUUAAUGCCAAGAAUUAUUGGAGUUACUUUUUUUUUUCUUUCUUUUUUUUUGCCCUGAGCUUGAAUAGAGUUGUUUAUUGAAGAAGAAGAAGAAGAAAUGUAGCUCAUUUCGUUAAUAAUUUAUAUGAAUCUGUUUAAUAAGUAUGUUUGUAUGUAUGUACGUGCUUGUAUAUAUGUUUAUUUCACGUCUUUCUUUUUGUACAAAUCACCAAAUAAAAUUGUAAACAGUUUCA